CCGGGCUCGGCCCCGCGCAGCCUGGCGCGGCCCGCCCCUUCCUCCGCGCCGAGAGCCGGGAGUGCCGCCGCGCUCCGCCAUGCCGAAACACGAGUUCUUUGUGGACAUGACCUGUGAAGGCUGCUCCAACGCAGUCACCCGUGUGCUGCACAGGCUGGGAGGUGUCCAGUUUGAUAUUGACCUGCCCAACAAGAAGGUGUACAUCGACUCUGAGCACAACGUUGACACCCUGCUGGAAACCCUAAAGAAGACUGGAAAGAAUGCUUCCUACCUUGGGGAGAAGUCUGCACAGUAGACUUGCUAGAUUUUGACUGAAGCUAUUUGACUUACCCAAGAAUUCCAAAAUAAAGGAGAGGGGUAGCUGGACUGCCCUUGCUGGUAGCUUGCUGCUGUCAUGGGGAAAAAUAAAUCACAAAAUGUAAGAUUUACAGCACAUUUGCAUCUGCAGGGAAUAUUUUUAGGGCUUCAUCUAUGAAAGCAGUGCUACAGGCUGGGGACAGAGUGGUUGAGAGCAGCCAGGAAGAAAGGGACCUGGGGGUACUGGUAAAUAGUAGCUGAAGAUGAAGCAGCAGUGUGCCCAGGUGGCCAGGAGAGCCAAUGGCAUCCUGGCCUGGAUCAGCAGGACAAGGGAGGUUAUUCUGCCCCUGUACUCAGCACUGGUCAGGCCACACCUUGAGUGCUGUGUCCAGUUCUGGGCUCCUCAACUCAAGAGAGAUGUUGAGGUGCUGGAAGGUGUCCAGAGAAGGGCAACAAAGCUGGUGAGGGGCCUGGAGCACAGCCCUGUGAGGAGAGGCUGAGAGAGCUGGGGGUGUGCAGCCUGCAGAAGAGGAGGCUCAGGGCAGACCUCAUUGCUGUCUACAACUACCUGAAGGGAGGCUGUAGCCAGGUGGGGUUGGUCUCUUCUGCCAGGCAACCAACAACAGAACGAGGGGACACAGUCUCAAGUUGUGCCAGGGGAGGUCUAGGCUGGAUGUUAGGAGGAAGUUGUUGUCAGAGAGAGUGAUUGGCAUUGGAAUGGGCUGCCCAGGGAGGUGCUGGAGUUGCCGUCCCUGUAGGUGUUGAAGCAAAGCCUGGCUGAGGCAUUCAGUGCCAUGGUCUGAUUGACUGGAUAGGGCUGGGUGCUAGGUUGGCCUGGAUGAUCUCGGAGGUCUCUUCCAGCCUGGUUGAUCUAUGGUACGAUUCUGUGAAAGGAGGGAGGGCAGCUGCCUUCGGUCGGGCUGCUGGGCUGGAUGCGUUCCUUCGGCUGGUGCCCAGCAGAGGACGCCUUUGGCUAGCGUUGCCUGCUGUGCACUGCGGCACUUUCCCCAUUCAUUCCCUUCCUUCCUUCCUUUAUUUUGCAGGAUCUCAAAACAUGACUUCAGAAAAAAAAAAAAAAAAGAGAAAAA